GUAGUAAUUUUGUGUACAUACAUUAUAUUGUUUAUUUUUGACUCUAGGUCUUCGGUUUCGAACUUUAUGAUUUCAAAUUUAGAUUAUGACAUCUAAAGCGAAGAGUAGACUGGAAUGCUUUAUACCUGGAUGCAAAACAAGAUUUGGCAAAGACAAAAACAUAAAAUUUCACAAAAUUCGGAAGAGUGUUAUUGAAUCAAAAGAUGAAAAACAAAGGUGGCUCGAUGCUUUGCCUUUUCUGAAAGAAGAAGAUUUUUUGAAAUCAAAUUAUCGAAUGUGCAGCCGACAUUUCAGAGAAGAAGACUACAUUCAUAGGUCGCUAAGACAUUUUAAAAGGGAAAAGGAUUUAAAGCCGUUUGCAAUGCCAACUUUAAAUUUACCUAGAAUGCCAAAUCAAGAAGAAAUCGAAAUAGAAACAAGUGAUACUGGUAAUUUCUGCAUAAACAGCGAGGGCGAUAUAUUUCGAAAUUCUCCAAAACUAAGCAAAAGAUGUGUAAAACAAACAAAACAUGUUGGGAUUCAGUGUAACAUUUCUGGUCCAUUUGCAAACGAUAGUUUAAAUAAUUUUUUCUACGAUAAUUUUUCAAUGAUUGAAAAGUACAUAUUUAAUCAAAUGAAUUUAGAUAAAAUAAAUUUUAAGAGUGAAGAUGAGAUUUUGGCUGAAAUAAAUGAUGAAGGUUCUUUUACGACAGAUUAUCAAAAGGAACCAACCUGUGAUAUUCCAGAUGAUGACAUCUUUUUCAAUGAAAUUCUACUUAAAAAAAAUAACAAUUUACUCACUCUAGGAUUUCAUUGUUGCGAACAUUGUGGUCUAACUUUUACAGAUAUUAGAUCUUAUCGUGACCAUGAAGGAGUUCACGCUGAGAUCAGCUUGUUGUGUUGCUACUGUGGCGAAGUUUCAGCUGAUUACUUGAAAAAUAUUGAACAUGAAUAUAGAUGCAGAAAAACAAAGCAAAUUGAAAAUGGUGAAACUACACUUACAAAAAGAAAAAAAAGAUCAAGGAAGAUUUUAAAUGAUUAUUCAAUUUCUGAAGAGUCUUUUUGUCCUAUUUCAAAAGAUAAUAAAAAAGACCAAGAUUCUCAUCUAGAAUAUUUAAAUGUUUUAAAAAUGAAGGAAAAGGAUCUAGUUGGAUAUUUCUGUAGUAUAUGCCAACAGUGUUUUAGUUCAGAAGAAUUGUGCCAGAAACAUUUAGAACAACAUACCUUCAAAGAUCAAACAACACAUAAUUUUAAUGAUGUAUAUGAUACACCUACAUCUAAUAGAGAAUACAAAAUAUCUGGAGAUACUACAAUCGAAUUUUUAAAAAAUCCAACGGAAGAGUUUUCUUGUCAAAUCUGUGGUCGGGCGUAUGCCACAGAAUAUUUGCUUGAACGUCAUGUUGAUGUUAAGCAUCUGAAUCCAAUACAAAAAUCACCAAUAUUUCGGUGCACCGAAUGUGAAAUGACAUUUCGUAAUUUUGUAAAAUUACAAUCUCAUGUUAAAGAGCAUGUUAUAAGCUUAAAACAUUGUAAAAUAUGUAAUGUUGCUCAUGACGAUAAUGAAAAAUAUCUAAAUCAUCUACGAAAUCCACAACAUUUGCUUUUAGAGGAGAAAUGGAAAAACCGUUAUAAAGUUAAUUCAUUUUCUUGUUAUUUAUGUAAAACAACACAAGCAGAAUAUAAUGAACUGGCCAAUCUUGCAGAACAUAGUGACUAUCAUAGAAUUUCUAAAACUAGAACUUUUAUAAAUGGAUUACUAGCUGAAUAUGAAAUUAAACACUUCAAGCCUUAGAAAUACUUUUUUUGAUCAGGUUUUAAUAAUAAUUGUAAAAAGCUUUUAGUAAAAAAAUACGUAAAGAGAAGAAUUGGUGAAAAUCGGACUAAAAUUUGGCAAAGAAGUCUUUUCAAUAAUCGCAGCGAAACAUUAUACAAAAGUACUAUAAAUAUCGGUUUAAUAUUACUUUGUUUUUUGUUUGUGAGAAAUAAAGACCAUUUUUUUUUUUCAGUUUUAUUUUUAUGUUCAAAUUAUUUUGUUUUCUUUUUUAAUUUUUGUAUAAUUAACUAGUGAUUUUUCACAAACAAUGUUUCCUUGUUUUUUUUUUUUAUUACAUUAAUAAUACAUUUAUCUAAAAUUUAUUAUUUUAUUAAAGGUUUUAUUAAUUUUUUUUUCAAUUUUUUUCCUUCCGUUUUAUAAAUAAAAAAAUUUACAUUUAUUGUAUUUAAACAAUUUUAAGUUUUAUUAAUUAUGUGUCCUUACAUAUUCAUAGUUACGAAUAUUUUUUGGUUUGUUUGUGUAAUUACUUCUUUUUUGUUUUGCAAUGAUUUAUUUAGUAAUAUUAAUUUUUUUUUAAAUUCAAAAUGAGUUUUGAUUAAUGAGAAAUGUAUUGUUACUCACAAUUAUAUUAAAAAAAAAAGUGUAAAGUGAGGAUUUUUAAAAAACAAUUUUUAAACGAAAAGUUAUUCUCAAGUUAAAGUUGUUAGACUGCAGCUUGUAAUAAAGCCAUUUAAUUUUAUUUUAGUGAAACGUUAAUAUUGUUAUUUCUUCAGUUGCGUACUACAAAUAUUAGUAUUUAAGGGGUAAAUUAAUUACAAUUGAACAUUACUUUCUCCUACAUUUCUUUAAAUCAUAGUUAAAUUUAAAUAAAAGUCGGGUUCCGUUAAGUUAAUACUUAUUUAAAUUACAUUUGUGGUUGACUUUGUUUGAACAGUAUGAAUUCCUCAUCAAAUCAAGUGUACUUAAUUAAAAAAAAUAUUAACUAUUAAUUUAUUAUAAUGUUCUUUUUUAUGCUAUAUAUUAAAAUUCUACAACUACAAGAAGUGGAACGUAGAUUAACAUAAUGCACUUUAUAUAUAUUUCACACUUAUUUACCCUACUAGCAAUUAGUGCAAAAGGAAAGGUAAUAAGAAAUUAAUAAAAUUACUUAAUAAAAUUAUAAGUUUUAGAGAUUAUAUAAUAUUUAUUAUUUAUAUAAAUUUUGUAUAAUUUUUAAUCAGAACAUUUCAAUAAAAUAAUAUACUUAAUUUCAUUACUAUCAAGUUAAUUAAAUUAAGUUUAUUUAAUUUUAUUAUUCUUUCUUGUUUCUUUUUAAUUGAUUCCUUUUUUUAAACAUUUUUAAAUUAUAACUUAAAUAACACAAUUUAUUUUAAAUACAAUGAAGACAAUUUUAAAUUAUCGUAUUUUGUUGGUUAGUCAACUAUUAUAACCCUUUC